AUGGAUGUCUUCAAUAUUAUUGAUCAAGAUGGGAAGAAGAUCACAGAUGAAGGGGUUCGGGAUAAUAUUGAAGAGUCUCUUAGGCAAGACUCAUGCUUUGCUUCCUCCAUGAGAAGAUCUAUUGGGGUUAAAUCGACAAUGGACUACACAGCAAUUGAGUUAAUAGGAAGUGACAGGCCUGGACUACUCUCUGAGAGCAAUGUGGUGAAUGCUGAGGUAUGGACCCUUAACACCCGGGCUGCAGCUGUGACGCGAGUUACUGAUGAGGAAAUUGGGGCUGCAAUCACUGACCCUGGGAGGUUAUCCAUAGUAAAUCAACUUCUAUGCAAUGUACUUAAGGGCAGCCGUAAAUCCCGAGAGGCUAAGGCUGUGGUCUCUGAUGAGGUCACCCACACUGAGAGAAGGCUUCAUCAGAUGAUGUUUGCUGAUCAAGAGUCAAGACUAUGA